CCAGUUUUUACUUUCAAAGUGGUUUCAAAAUUCGAAUUUAUUUUUCCUGUAGAAGUGCCGCCGGGCGUUUGGUGCAGCAAAGACGCGUUUUCCAUCGUCAGAAAUCCGGUGAUGUUUCGAAAGAAGGCCAGAUGAGUCCUGACUCUUUUAAAGAAAUCGAGUCUUUAAAGGAGGAAAUCGAUAGUUUGAAAACUGCACUAAAUACACUCAAAAUUGACUUGGAAAAUAGGGACGGCAAGCUGGGGAAACUAGCAAGGGAAAAGGAAAAACUGUCGCUGAGUCUCGCUAAAAUGAAACGCUCGAACGACAACCUCGCGCGCCAGCUCGAAGACGAGCGAGAUUUCUACUACAAGGAGAAGGAAACCUACUGCCACGAAAUGAACGAGUUCAAAAAGCUCAAAAAGGCGCUAAGUAACUCGACCCUGGGCGAGCCACCCGACCACAAAGAAGUGGAAAAGCUGCGAAAGACGCUCGAGCAAACGCUCCAAACCAACUAUAAUCUAAGUGUUAAAUUCCUACGCAUGAAGGAGACCAAAAACCAGCUCGCGAUCUUGCUCCAGAAAGCGGAAGACAACCACCGACGGGUAGUCAGCGACCUUAAAACCAAAAUCGAGACCCUCACCGCCGAACUGAAACAAAUCCUCGACAUGAAAUUCGCAGCCCCGUUGUCCCCAAGCAACAAAAAGUACCUACAACUCGUGAACCAGAACAGCUCGCUGGUUUACGAAAACUUGCACCUGCAGAUGCAGGUCGAUCAUUUGAGCGUGAAACGGCGGCAUAAAAGCGAGGGCACGAUCGUGAAAAUUUACGAAAGGGAGAAGCGCUCCGAUAUUCCAACUGUGACAAUUUUAAACGAGAAGGAAAUCGGUCUGAGGUCCGAACGCAAGAUCCAGCUCCCGGUCAUCAACGACUCCAAACUUGAGGUCUUCCAAGUCUCGGACUUGGACAGUGCGGAGUCGGUGAAAGUCAAGAAGCGGAGCCGCUCAGCACCGAGAGUCAUCCAAAGUGUUAAUAAAUAGUACAAAGAG